AUGUAUUACCAAAAACUGGAGAUUGUAUUAUUAAAAAAAAUACAUUUAUUAAAUCAGAAAUCCGUCGAAAUGUCUCCACAGAAUAAUAUUUAGAACUAAUUUUAUGAUCCCCUAGUAGUGGAAUGUAGAUUUAUUUAGAUGACAAUAUUACUUUUUAUGAAUUCAUUUCAAAUAGUAAUACUACAUCAUUGAAUAUUAAAAAUUUAUAUAGUAUAUCAGUCUUGUUAGAAGAGAUUUAAAUAAAGAAUAUCAAUUAAAAUUAAUUUAAAAUAGCAAUCUUAAAUCCAAAUAAUAUAAAAAUAAAGGAUUUUAAAAUUUUAGAUUCUAAAUUAGAUAAUCUUAACGGAAUCAUUAAUUAUUACUUUACUCAAAAUUUAACAAAGGCUUUAGUAUUUUAUAUUAAUUUCUAAUAUCAAACUGUUUUAUAAAUAAUUCAAAAUUAAUAGUUUAAACUUUGGAUACAGGAUACAGUAAUCAACUACUUAAAGUCAAUAAUUUUAAGUCAUUAAACAAUAAAUAUAUAUCAUCAGUUGCUUUGUAUACUUAAUUUAAUAAUUCAAAUAGAGAAUCCAUAUUCAAUAUUGAAUAAUUUAAUUCUAAACAUGAUGAAUUAACUAAUUCAAGUCUAUUUAAUAUACCUGGAGUAUUAAAUGUUGAAUUAAUAAACAUUAUAGUUUCUAAUGGUAAAUUCAAUUCUCAAGUCUAAUUAUUUAAACUACCUCUAUUCUCUAUUGACAAUAUGUUAAUAUCAAACAAUAACUUCAAUAAUCCUGAUAAUAUUGUAAUAAAAAAUAAAGUAGAUGCUUAUACAAAGAUAACAUCAAAUAAAAUAGAGUUUUAUUAAAUUCAAUAACAUUUGACAAUAAUAAUUAUAUUAGAAGUAAAGUGUACUUAGAAUUAGAUCAAAGAGAUCAAUUUUUUGAUUUAAAAGUUAAUAUUAAUGGAUUGACAUUACAUUCUAAAAAUUUACUUAACAAAAUUACAAAGGUUCAGUAAAUUCAGCCGACUCUUCUCUUUAUUUUGAUGUAAAGAAAAUUUAUAUGGAAAAUGUUAAUAUUAUUAGAACAUUCACUCUUCCAAAGAUAUCUAUUGUUAAUGUUGAUAAAAUAGUGUUUAAAAAUAUAAGAGCUACAUUAGAUUCAGAAUUCAAAAUUAAAUUGUUCCAUUAAUUCAUUUCUUGUCUAUAAUCAAACUAAGAUAUUGGAUAUGGUAGUAUGAUUUAGUUAUAUAAUUUUAAAUUAAUUUAAAUUGAGAAACUUGAAAUUACAGGUUUAAUAAUAAUUAAUUUACCAUUAUAACAUUAAAAUCAUUGGAAAGAACAAAUUUUAGACAAUCAGAGAAAAUAGAAAUGAAAUACCUUAAUUUGACAAACAAUACAAUUAUUCUUACUAAAUUGUCUGAACAACCUUGUGUUAUUAGCAUAAUAUUUGAAUAAGAAUAAUAAAUUGAUUUGUAAGAUAUUUAUACCUUUAAUAAUCAUCAUCAUACUUAUUAAGAAGAUUAAUUAUUCAAGUAAUCAUCAACUAUUUAUAUAAAUAGUCCUAAUUCUAAAAUUAUAUUAAUUAAAUCUAUAUUUGAAAAUAAUAUUAUCACUAAUAAUUAAGGAUCUAACCUUGUAUUUAAAUGUGGAAGUUUUUAGAUGGAUGAUUGUUAUUUUAAUUCUUAAAAUCAUUUAUAAUAUUAAUAUUUAAAAGAUCGUUUAAUUUGGGGAUAUUAAUAAAAUGAAAUAAUUUUUAUUGAGAAUUUACAUUCAAUUUUUCCUAUUAAAUCAAAGGGUGGAAAUGCUAUUUGUUAAGCAGAUUAAAUAAUUGUAAGAAAUGUUUCAAGUUAGAAUUCUUAUGCUUAAUAAGGAGGAUCAUUUUAUUUUAGUACUUAAUCAAAUGGAAUAAUUGAAGUUUAAUUACUGAGAAAUCACAAGGUGGAACAUUAUUUAUUGAUGCUUCUCAAUCAGAUUUAAAUUUAUUAAUAUCUGACAAUCUUUUUUCCUAAAGUUCUAGUAGAUAAGAAGGAGGAACACUCUUUUUAGAGCCUUCUAGUAAUAAAAAAUAAAUAAUAAUUUAAAGAAAUGUAAUUUAAAAUGUUUAUUCAUUGAAAGCUGCUUUCUUUAACUUCCUAUAAUAUUUACAAGUAACUAUUUAAUUUUGAAUGUUGAAAUUUCUGAUUUGCUAAUUUAAAAUACUUAUCAAGGUUUUUUAUCAUAUUAAGGUAGAAUUAAUGAAUUAAGUAAAAAUUAUUUAAUUACUAUAGAAAGAGGUAAUAUUACUGUAAGAAAUUGCAACUUUUUUGAUUUAUUUGAUUAUGGGGUUAUGGAAAUAAUGAAUGCAGAAUCAAUUACACUUAAAAAUAUAGAAAUAUAAAAUUUAACAUUGAUUAGUGGAAGUACACUAAAUAUUAAACUUAAUAACAGUAUAUAAUUAUAUAUUUUUAGAAUAUAUGACUAAUGUGUAAAUAGCUAAUAUUUAGUUAAUAUCCAUCAAAGAAAUAUUUGGAGAUUUCUCAAAACCAAUUUAAACAUAUCCUUCUAUUUCUUCAUCCUUUUAUAAAUGUUUAAAAAUGUAUUCUUAGCCAGAAUAGCUACAAGUAUUCUAUGAUUAGUAGAAUCAAUAUAUUAUUAGUCUAUACAAUUUUUAUACCUUAAUAACAAAAAGAACAAAUCCUAGGUUUAUUUUUUAAUUUGAUUCUAUUUCCUCAAAACAUUAAAUUUAAAUAGAAUAUCUAAUUUUUUAGAAUACUAUAUGCUCAAACUGUAAAGAAGGAAUAUUAAAAUUUAUAAAUAUAGAAUAAUAAAACAAUUAAAAUUUGAUCAAUCUAAAUUCAAUAAAAAUGGAAGACAAUUAAUGUGGCCUUUUGAGUUUUUUAGUCUUAUUUCAAAAGAAAAAACUAAUUUAAAAUAAUAUUCAGAAGUCAAAUCAAAUAGAUUAUUAAAUUAAAUUUAAACUUAUUAUGAAACUAAAAUUAUGAAUUUAAGACUUGAAUAUAGUUACUUUAAAAAUAAUAGUGGAACAUAUGGAGGUGCAGCUUAUAUCUCUUCAAUUACUAUGAUUAUAAACUCAUGUUAAAUUAUAAUGAAUAAUGGAAGAGAAACAGGAGGAGCCAUUAAUUUUGACUAUAAUUAAAUAAUUUAUUAUUUUAUAUUAAUAAAUAUCUAAAUCAUUUUAAUUAUCUUUAUCGUGAAAAAUCUCUUUUUUUAAUUUAUGAUACCUAGUUUGUAAAUAAUUAAGCAAAGGUAGGAGGAGCUAUAUUUAUAGAAAACUAUGCAAUUCCAGAUAAAGAUAAAACAAAUAUCAUAUACUCAAAUAACAAAGCAUCUCUGUUUAGUGAUAAUAUAGCUGGGUUCCCUGUAAAAUUAACUCUGUAAUUUGGUUCAAAAUUUUUAAAUACAAAAAAAAUUGAGAGCAAUCAAAACUAAGUUAUUGAAUAAAUUGAAAUCAACAAAUAUUAUAUAGGUCAAAAGAAACAAGACUUUUUAAUGUUUCCUAGUGGACAAGUUAUAAAUGAGUUCAAAAUUUUUAAUGAGCACACUCAAGAUUAUAUACCUUUAAAAAUUACUUUAAGAAUAAUACCAUUAGACAAAGAGAAUAGUAAAAUUAAAGCAUUAGAUGGAACUAAAUGUACAUUAAAAGGAAGAUAAAUUAUUAAUUAAAAGGAAGGAUAAUUUUAUGAAAAUUUUACUAGUUUGAAAGAGAUUGUCUUCAAUAAAACUAGUUAGGAUUAUAAUUUAGAUUCUAUGAUUAUGAAUUUUGAUCCUGAUUAUUCAUCCUAAGAUUUUUUAUAAUUGGAGAUUAUGUGUGAUUCAGUGAAAAUUCCAAUUUUUGAUGACAAACCUCCUUAUUUACUAAAAAAAUAUUUUACUAAUUAUAAAUUAAGAGUAAAUGUAUAAACAUUUCCUUGUUAAAGAGGAGAAUACAAAACUAAAUAGGGAACAUGUAAAUUAUGUGAUUCUAAUGCUUAUUAAUAUAAUGCAAGAGCUGGUGAAUAAUGCAAAAUAAAAGAUUAAAUCAAGAUGGAAAAUGUUUCUUCUGCUAGAAUUAUGUUGAGACCUCAUUAUUGGAGACCAUAUGAGAGUAGUGAAAAUAUAGAAUAUUGUUUGAAUAUGCCUGAAAAUUGUUUAGGUGGAUGGAAUCCUGGUAAUGAAUUAUGCUCAGAGGCACAUGUUGGAGCAUUAUGUGAGCAAUGUGAUAUUUAUAAUAUAAGAGGUUAAGGAUCUUUUUCUGUAAGUACAAUCUAUAAAUGUGGAAGUUGUGCAAACAUAGGAGAUAAUGCUAUAAAAAUUGUACUAAUUAGUAUUUGGACAAUGAUCUCAAUAUUUUUAUCCGUAAAAGAAACAAUAGAAACAAUUAAUAAAGUUAUAAAUUAAUAGAAAAAAGGUUGAUAUUAAAAAUAUCUAUACCUGAUCCUAGAGCAGGGUAAGGAAAUGUAUUANUUAUCUUUAUCGUGAAAAAUCUCUUUUUUUAAUUUAUGAUACCUAGUUUGUAAAUAAUUAAGCAAAGGUAGGAGGAGCUAUAUUUAUAGAAAACUAUGCAAUUCCAGAUAAAGAUAAAACAAAUAUCAUAUACUCAAAUAACAAAGCAUCUCUGUUUAGUGAUAAUAUAGCUGGGUUCCCUGUAAAAUUAACUCUGUAAUUUGGUUCAAAAUUUUUAAAUACAAAAAAAAUUGAGAGCAAUCAAAACUAAGUUAUUGAAUAAAUUGAAAUCAACAAAUAUUAUAUAGGUCAAAAGAAACAAGACUUUUUAAUGUUUCCUAGUGGACAAGUUAUAAAUGAGUUCAAAAUUUUUAAUGAGCACACUCAAGAUUAUAUACCUUUAAAAAUUACUUUAAGAAUAAUACCAUUAGACAAAGAGAAUAGUAAAAUUAAAGCAUUAGAUGGAACUAAAUGUACAUUAAAAGGAAGAUAAAUUAUUAAUUAAAAGGAAGGAUAAUUUUAUGAAAAUUUUACUAGUUUGAAAGAGAUUGUCUUCAAUAAAACUAGUUAGGAUUAUAAUUUAGAUUCUAUGAUUAUGAAUUUUGAUCCUGAUUAUUCAUCCUAAGAUUUUUUAUAAUUGGAGAUUAUGUGUGAUUCAGUGAAAAUUCCAAUUUUUGAUGACAAACCUCCUUAUUUACUAAAAAAAUAUUUUACUAAUUAUAAAUUAAGAGUAAAUGUAUAAACAUUUCCUUGUUAAAGAGGAGAAUACAAAACUAAAUAGGGAACAUGUAAAUUAUGUGAUUCUAAUGCUUAUUAAUAUAAUGCAAGAGCUGGUGAAUAAUGCAAAAUAAAAGAUUAAAUCAAGAUGGAAAAUGUUUCUUCUGCUAGAAUUAUGUUGAGACCUCAUUAUUGGAGACCAUAUGAGAGUAGUGAAAAUAUAGAAUAUUGUUUGAAUAUGCCUGAAAAUUGUUUAGGUGGAUGGAAUCCUGGUAAUGAAUUAUGCUCAGAGGCACAUGUUGGAGCAUUAUGUGAGCAAUGUGAUAUUGAUAAUAUAAGAGGUUAAGGAUCUUUUUCUGUAAGUACAAUCUAUAAAUGUGGAAGUUGUGCAAACAUAGGAGAUAAUGCUAUAAAAAUUGUACUAAUUAGUAUUUGGACAAUGAUCUCAAUAUUUUUAUCCGUAAAAGAAACAAUAGAAACAAUUAAUAAAGUUAUAAAUUAAUAGAAAAAAGGUUGA